CGGAGAAGAGACGUCAAGAGGAGGAUCUACAGAGGGAGGAAGAAAAAAAAUCCUUCUCUCUCUUCUGCUGCCUCUCUUCGUGCAUCCUACGGGCAGUGAGGAGCGAAGAGGAGCGAGGAGGAUCCGGCUUGCAUAUUUUUCUACGCUGCUUCCCCGCGAUUUCUGUGGCUGUAUCACAGUGGGUGGAGCGCAGGGAGAGCCGCCGAGAGCUCGAUCGGUGACACCGCUCCGCAGCAGAAGAAGAGUACCGUAGAGGAGCCGGGAUGCUUAACAACCUGACCGACACAGAGGAGGGGGACGGGGGAGCGCAGAGCCAGGGUGACAGUAACCCCAAGGAGAGCAGCCCCUUCAUCAACAGCAGUGAUGCUGCUGCAGAGAAGAGCCAGCAGUAUGACGGCAAGAACAUGGCCUUGUUUGAGGAGGAGAUGGACACCAGCCCCAUGGUGUCAUCUCUUCUCAGCAGCCUGGCCAACUACUCCAAUCUGCCCCAAGGUAGCAAGGAGCACGAGGAGGCCGAAAAUAACGAGGCAGAGUCAUCGCGCAAGAAACCUGUCAAGGCCCCCCAGCUCGGCACUCUGAUGGGCGUCUACCUGCCGUGCAUCCAGAACAUCUUCGGAGUGAUCCUCUUCCUCAGAAUGACCUGGUUGGUGGGAAUCGGAGGUGUCAUUGGGACUUUCAUCAUCGUCUUCAUGUGCUGUACCACAACCAUGCUGACUGCCAUCUCGAUGAGUGCCAUCGCUACCAAUGGAGUAGUGCCAGCUGGAGGCUCCUACUACAUGAUAUCCCGUUCGCUGGGCCCCGAGUUUGGGGGAGCAGUGGGGAUCUGUUUCUAUCUGGGGACCACCUUCGCUGGAGCCAUGUACAUCCUGGGGGCCAUCGAGCUCCUGUUGAUCUACAUAGCACCCAAAGCGGCCAUCUUUCCCCUGGAGGGCCUGGAGGGUGCCGAGGCAGAGGCCGCUCUGCUGAACAACAUGCGCGUCUAUGGGACCAUCCUGCUCACCUCCAUGGCCACGGUGGUGUUUGUCGGCGUGAAGUACGUCAACAAACUGGCCCUGGUAUUUCUGGCCUGCGUCAUUCUCUCCAUUCUGGCCGUCUACGCCGGGGUCAUCAAGACUGGCAUCGAACCUCCUGUUUUCCCUGUGUGUAUCCUGGGUAACCGCACUCUGGUGUGGAAGUCCUUCGAUGUGUGUGCCAAGACCAUUGAGACAGCUAACGGGACAGUCACCACCCAGCUGUGGCGCAUGUUCUGUGACUCACCUUUUCUCAACGCUACCUGCGACAAGUACUUUGUAGCCAACAAUGUCUCGGAGAUCCAGGGCAUCCCAGGAGUCACCAGUGGAAUCCUGACAGAGAACCUGUUUGGGAACUACUACGAGAAGGGGGAUCUGAUUGCCAGAAAGAACAUGGAGUCAGUGGAAGACCAGGACGACCCUCUGACCAACUCAAACCGCUACGUGUUGGCCGACAUCACCAGCUUCUUUACGCUGCUGGUCGGCAUCUACUUUCCCUCCGUGACAGGGAUCAUGGCCGGCUCCAACCGCUCCGGAGACCUGCGUGAUGCCCAGAAGUCAAUCCCCAUUGGGACCAUUGCAGCCAUCACCACCACCUCCUUAGUCUACAUGUCCAGUGUGGUUCUGUUCGGUGCCUGCAUCGAGGGUGUGGUCCUCCAAGACAAGUUCGGAGAAGGAGUCCACGGGAAUUUGGUGAUUGGCACAUUGGCUUGGCCGUCACCAUGGGUGAUCGUGAUUGGCUCCUUCUUUUCCACCUGUGGGGCGGGGCUUCAGAGUCUGACAGGAGCUCCUCGUCUCAUGCAGGCCAUCGCCAAGGAUGGCAUUGUGCCCGCCCUACGGAUCUUUGGCCAUGGAAAGGCCAACGGAGAACCCACAUGGUCCCUCCUGCUGACAGCCUGUAUCUGCGAGAGUGGCAUCCUCAUCGCUUCCCUGGAUGCGGUGGCUCCCAUCCUCUCUAUGUUUUUCCUGAUGUGCUACAUGUUUGUGAACUUGGCCUGCGCUCUGCAGACGCUGCUGAGGACUCCAAACUGGAGACCUCGCUUCAAGUUCUACCACUGGACGCUGUCCUUCCUGGGGAUGAGCUUGUGUCUCACUCUCAUGUUCCUCUGCUCCUGGUACUACGCCAUCGUCGCCAUGGUUAUUGCUGGCUCUAUCUACAAGUAUAUCGAGUUUGCAGGUGCGGAGAAAGAGUGGGGUGAUGGGAUACGAGGUCUGUCCCUGAGCGCUGCACGCUACGCUCUCAUGCGGCUGGAGGAAGGUCCGCCGCACACCAAGAACUGGAGGCCCCAGCUGCUGACGCUGGUCAGCACAGACGCAGAGCAAAACAUAGAGCAGCCUCGUCUGCUCUCUCUGACCAACCAGCUGAAGGCAGGCAAAGGUCUCACCAUCGUUGGAACAGCGCUGGAGGGAACCUACCUGGAGAACUAUGACCAAACGCAGCGUGCAGAGCAGGCGCUGCGUAAACUGAUGGAGACCGAGAAGGUGAAGGGUUUCUGUCAAGUGACCGUGUCCUCGAACCUGCGUGAUGCCACCUCCCACCUCAUCCAGGCCAGUGGACUUGGAGGCCUGAAACAUAAUGCUGUGCUGGUGUCCUGGCCGCGCAACUGGAGGCAGGGAGACGAGCAUCAGACCUGGAGGAACUUUGUUGAGUUGGUCAGAGAAACCACCGCUGCUCACCUGGCUUUGCUUGUCCCGAAGAACAUCUCAGCCUUCCCGUCUAACGGAGAGCGCUUCACUGAGGGUCACAUUGAUGUUUGGUGGAUUGUCCAUGAUGGAGGCAUGCUGAUGCUGCUGCCCUUCCUUCUCCGCCAGCACAAGGUUUGGAGGAAGUGCAAGAUGCGCAUCUUCACCGUGGCCCAGUUGGACGACAACAGCAUCCAGAUGAAAAAAGACCUGACCACAUUCCUCUAUCACCUCCGUAUCGACGCCAUGGUGGAAGUUGUAGAAAUGCACGACAGCGACAUCUCAGCCUACACUUAUGAGAAGACCCUGGUGAUGGAACAACGGUCGCAGAUGCUUAAACAGAUCAACCUGACCAAGACUGAGCGUGAGCGAGAGAUUCAGAGUAUCACCGAUUCAUCCCGCGGGUCAAUCCGCCGCAAGAACCCAGCCGCUGUGACCACCCAGCUGAGUGUGACUGAGGACCCGCCAGCAGCCAACAAGGAGGAGAAGCCUGAGGAAGAGUCAAAGUCGGCCUCUUCCCCUGUCUCCCCCCCUGCUCAGGUUCAGCUCAUCCACGACAACACUACUCCAGCCAGCCCCGCAACCCCGGCCACCCCGCUGACCCCUGGAGAGGGGGCUCAGAGCCCCGGAGAGCAGGUCCAGAUGACCUGGACUGAGAAGUGUGAUGGCGAGCCGGCCAAGCCGCCCGGCGCAGCCACACCAGAGGGCAUCAAAGACAUCUUCAACAUGAAGCCCGAGUGGGAGAACCUGAACCAGUCCAAUGUGCGACGUAUGCACACAGCACUCCGGCUGAAUGAAGUCAUCAUCAAAAAGUCCUCAGAGGCCAAGCUCGUCCUCCUCAACAUGCCCGGGCCGCCCAAGAACCGGACAGGUGACGAGAACUACAUGGAGUUCCUGGAGGUCCUCACUGACGGUCUUAACCGGGUCCUCCUGGUCCGCGGAGGCGGCCGCGAGGUUAUCACCAUCUACUCCUGAAAGAGCAGCCCCCCUCCCCCGCUACCCCCCCCCCCACACCCCUCCCUCAGCCCUGCUCCUGUGUCACCUUUUCUCCCACACUCUCAUCAACGCUGCCUCAUCAUUGUGUCGCUCUUACUGUUUCUUUGUGUGAGAUAGUCCUCUCACACCCAGCCGAUGGCCCAGCUCAGCCUCAGCACCUCUCCCUCAGCUCCCCCAGCAGCAGCAUCACACGCUCAGCUGCUGCACCCUUCAUUCCAGUCCGGUAAGCUACUAUAACUAUCGUCGGCUUUAGACUAAUUUAGAUGCUGUCUAGAUUUGCUCUUAAAGAGACUCUUUCUUUUUCUUGCUAGUGUGUAAUCUACUGUAGUAACUCACUCGAUAAGGAGGAGGUGGCGGUGUUGGGUUGUGGGUUGUUAGCUGAGGUGUGAGCGCACAUGCAUGUAUGUGUCCGUCUUUGUUUAAAUCUCUGCGGAUUCUAUUUUGUUGAUUUCUUUUAAAUUACGAGUGUGGCAUAGCAGCGGCCUCUGCUCAGAAAGAACAAGAGCCAGCCGAAAUGAGCUCAGUGUAGGACUGUCUGUUUAGCUCCCUCGUGGUGAUCGGACACCUCCCACAGCUCCAGCCUGUCGUCUUCGAUGUGAUUUAUCUUUUCAAGGCAAAAAGACACUGCUACCCACGGUCAGGACCACCAGCUGGACGGAGAAUAGCGUCGUUGAGUAUGAACUGUGAAAUUCACAUUUGAAGAAGACUGAAAAGGCACGUGGAUCGAAACCUGCAGUGUUAUCUUUAACCUGAUCACUCCUUCGCAUGGCGUCCUUAUAACUGUGUGUGUGUUUUUACUCCACUUGGUUCUGUUCCCGCCAUCGCUGUCUUUCUACCCGCCCUCCUUUCAACUCAUCUCUUAGUGGCUGUUCAUCCCCGUGGCCACUGUUAGUGCCAAAAAAAAUACAACAAGGCUAGCUUAGUUUGUAGAGAUUGACACAUAAUUUAAAACUGUGAAUAGUGCGUUUCCUACCAGAAGGCUGGUGUAACAGCGGAGUGGGGAGACAGUACAAACACCCCGAGGAGAUUACCAUUGCCAGCACCCCUCGACCCCUCGUGUGGAUCACUGUAAAUAAUGUACAAGCUCUGACGCGUUGUUCAGUAUGAGUGUAGUAUUUUUGUGACAUACUAAAAAGCUUCUAGUGGAGAGAAAACGUUCCUUCGCUGAGAGGGACAGCUCAAAAAACGCUGUUUUUAAAAAUUUAUUUAUCUAAUUUAUUUAUUUAUUUAUUGGAUGGCAUAGGCUCCUGUCACUAUGGUAACUGUCAUUGCAACCUCGACAAGCACUGCACCUGCACUGUCCGCCACUGUGCAACAAGUGAAAAAAAAAGUACUAAAUGUUAUUUUUUCAUCUAGAGAACAAAUAUGUAUUUAUGUUUAUAGACAGAAGUUAUCACAUAUUGAUGAAAUAGUUGUAUGUCAUUUUGAUUGUCACUCAAAGAUAUAUUGUUGUUUUUGCCUAAUUUAGAUACAUUAAACGUGCCAUAUUAAAGUAUUUUUCAAAGAGAAAUAGUGAACAAAAAUCCUAUUGACUGAAUUAGAGAGAACAAAAAAGAAGGAAAAGUGAGGUGUCUGCAUGAAACUAGUGCGGUAACGACUCUGUAGUUGGAAAGUCGGCCUAUAGAUGAUGAAAGAAUAAAUGUUCAGAUGCUCAACGUUUAUCAGCUCAUACGGAGAGAUUCUGAACAUCUUUCGACUGAUCGUUUAUAGGGUCAAGUCUAAAUAAAUAGAGAGGACAAUGGCUUCUGUAGCUAGGAAACUCACGUUGUCCACAAGGCUGAACUCUAUGCAGUAGACUCUCCAGUGAGAUUUUAUAUCCUCUAGAUUGGUUAAGAUUUGAGCCACACACGUCCCUGACUGAAUGACUUGUGAGCAAAUCAUAUUUAGGUUUUAAAAAAAAAAAGUGCAUCUUGGAAGGAAUGUGCAAUAGUUGAAAUCCGGACUCAU